AUGCACUUUUCAACAAUUCUUGUCCCCGUGGCCUUGGCUGCUCUGCAAGUUAGCGCUGCGGCACCCGAAUUUUGCGCCUAUUUCACUGGCAGUAACAAGUCGCGUAGGCAGGUUGGGGUUGUCAGAAUUGGCGAAAUAGAUACUAUUAUAGCCGAUGGGACGGAAUUGGUAGUUCAUGCGCAAGACUCUCGAUGCCAAGUUAUUCUUGCCAAUGGCAAACCAGGACCGGAAUGGCUUUCCGCCGACCCUGUCUAG